AUGACGACAGUAAAAAAAGUAAGUGGGUUUGGGGCUGGAAAGCAAAAUAAUACCGUAAUCCUUGGGGAGAGCGGGUCGCAUUCUUUAUUACUUUCUCAGUCGUUUUCACUGCGAAAUCGGGACAAACGUUUUCUUGUUAUUUUUUGUUUUCAGCGAGCGGCCAAAGAUGGGCAAAGCUGUUGAUCUACUAGCUUAACGCCUGCCGCCGCAAAACGUUCUACUCCAUAGUUUUUGCAUGAGUUUUUCAGGGUUGUUCACUAAGAUUUUCACAGUGUAACUGCCUCUGAUUCAUGAAAACAUUAUUCAGUGUAAUUUCAUUUUCCUCCCCACGCUUUUAUUUUUCGUUCUUGACUCAUAAGCCCUCCACCUAAACUUAUCAAGCCCAAAAAUGUUGGGCAAACUGAAAAAGGACUGUUGAAAUGAAAUGCAAAUGUUUGUUUUGAUACCACUAUCAAUCCACACGCCUUUUUCUCUCCUUCUCCCGAGUUUUACUGUCCAAGAUGUGUGUACAUGUCACUCAAAAAAGUGAAACUCCGCCCUUCUCCUUUCCGCAAUUUUGCAUAUAUUUAGAGCUCCGACAACAGUUUGUUUGUCCGCCAAGUUUUCUCUUUUCUUCCCGUACCCCGGGGUACGGUAACUUUGUGACUAACACUAACAGUCUCCUUUUUCUGUAUAAUUAUUCGAGGGAGGAACAGGAACGCCCUAUUUUUUUCGCACUUUUUCUGCAUUGUCCGGCAAUAAAAGGCAACUGUGAACCGAUUCUCUUUCAUUUUUUUUAUCUUAAACCUGUCGCCAUUUCAUCUGCUUCGAAUUCGAAUUCCAUGAAGUUUGUGAUGUCUCUUUGGCGCCGCUAGGUGUUUGCGCGUAAUGUGAUGCUUUAAUAUUCAUGAAUAUGGAAAAUGUGAAACAGUAGGAGUGUAUAAACACGUCACAGCGGCUUGGAUCUAGUAAUCGGUCACCAAUCGCCGCCGCCGUCGUCGCUUUUGAAUAGCGGUCAGGCAGCGUUCGUCUAUAGCUCGAUGAACCGUUACUCCUUCUCUUUCUCUCUUUUUCUGUCCGUUUCCAUCCCCACCGUCCGCCUUUUUCACCCAGUUUUCUAUAAUUUGACUAUACAGGCAAUUAGCAGUAAGCAUUCCCUCUCUCGUCCGUCCGCAUGCCAAGUCCCGUCAAAAUAAAUAGUGCGCACCGAUUUGCUACAAGGUUUUUUGUGCUGUCAAGAGUUGGGGGCUCUCGAGAAACUAAUAUUUCUCGCGCUUGCAUUCUCCUAGUGUUAACUGCUAUCCAUCUCAUUCCUGUCACAUCCAUCCAUACUCUUGUCACAUAUGUUUAACGUCAUUUAUUAUGAGGUAACUUUUUUUCGGUUCAACAUUUCAUUAUAUCAUAAUUGUUGACUCACGCUAAAAGUGUUAUUCAGGAAAUGUCGGAAAGCGAAUACCGAAGCUCCAUUUCGGUGCGUCCCACGUUCAACAGAACACUGCAUUCGCAGUCUACUGCCACCUAUGGAAGCACCAUUUGUAAGUAGUCAAAAAAUUCUAGAAAUCAGGUAUGUACGCGUUCAUUUUCAGCUUCCGGAACCAGCCGUACUCUGAAGAUUACGGAAUUCGGAGGAUCUGCCCUGACUUCCGGACUUUCUCCGUUUGGCGGCCAUGCGGCAUCAGCUAUCCGGGAGUCCCGUGCUCGUGAGAAAAAGGAAAUGAGCGAGCUUAACGAUCGUCUUGCGAGUUACAUCGAGAAGGUCCGAUUUUUGGAGGCUCAGAACCGUAAGAUGGAGAAAGAUUUGGAUUUGCUCCGUGGAAAGUGGGGUCAUGAUUCCACGAGUGUCAAGGUAAUGUUCGAAACGGAACUCAGAGUGAGUCAUAGAUAAAUUGGCUGAAAUUUCAUAACACGGGUAUAGAGCGCAAAGGAAUUGAUUGCUGAUUCUGAUAAGGAGAGAGCUCAACUCGAAGAUCAGAUCCGAAAAGUUACCGAGGAGCUGAACAACUACAGAAACAAACUGCACGAGGCGGAAAGAGCUCAGGAUAUCACCCGCAAAGAGCUGGACAACGUUCUUCAAAAGCUCGGAGCUCUCGAGUCGGAAGUCGAGUUGCUGAAGAGAAGAAUAAGUCUUAUUGAGGACACUAUCGGCCACCUGAAACGGGAAAACCAUCGUAUGGUCGGAGAGCUUCAACAUGCUAGAAACGUAUGGAAGGCAAUCGUUUAACUGUUGAUGAACCACAUUUUUCAGGCCGUUGAGCAAGAAACUCUCAACCGUAUCGACUACCAAAAUCAAGUGCAGACUCUUCUCGAAGAGUGCGAUUUCAUCAAGAGAAUUCAUGACUCUGAAAUCCACGAUCUUCUUGCUAUGGCUUCCCGUGAUACGACAGUUGAGAAUCGUGAAUACUUCAAGAACGAACUUUCCUCUGCCAUCAGAGAUAUCAGAAGCGAAUACGACCACGUUAACAGCACUCACCGCACUGACAUCGAGUCGUGGUACAAGCUCAAAGUGCAGGAGAUUCACACCCAAGCUUCUCGCAACACUCUCGAGCAGAACUAUGCUCGUGAAGAAGUCAAGAGACUCCGUACCACUCUGGGAGAUAUGCGCGGAAAGAUGGCCGACUUGGAAGGAAGAGUAAGCUAUCCUAUAGCUCUCAGAAUACUCGGAAACAUUACUUGUUCAGAAUCUUCUACUCGAAAAGCAAAUCGAAGACCUCAACUACCAAAUGGAAGAGGACAUGAGAUCUUACGAGCAAUCGCUGAACGACAAGGACGCCUCAAUUAACAAGUUGCGCGACGAGAGCAAGAUUCUGAUGGUUGAGCUCCAAAUGCUCAUCGACACGAAGCAAACGCUCGAUGCUGAGAUUGUGAUCUACCGCAAGAUGUUAGACGGCGAAGAGAACCGUGCUGGACUCCGUCAGCUUGUCGAGCAAGUCGUCAAAACAACGUCAAUCCACCAGACAAAAGAAAUUGGUUAGUUCCAUUUCUAUACUAUUGUGUUUCGCUCUCUCAUCACACCCAACGAUCAAAAAUGAGUGGCAGUCACAGUCAAGUAGCCGCAACUUGUUCCAAGUCAUAUGACUGUAAAAUAGAAAUAUUUUUGUUUACCGCCCUUGGGUAACUUUGGGUGUGUCCAACGGUUUUCAUUUUUAUCACUUUAACUGAUUUCACUUGUCCCCGGUGUGUGUGUGUGUGUGUUGCGUCACGUCUAAAAAUGCCUGAGAUCCAUUGUUCGCAGUACGAAACAAUCACUUUUGAUGAUGUUCCCGAUACUCACUAUCUAGUCGGCGACAGAAUUCGUAGGAAGCCUUACGGUAAGAUUUAUGAGAUCACGAGGGGGUUGGCGGGCACUAAUCACUUUUGGUGUUUGCAAGUUGAUUACAGAAAGUCUGCGAGUCCUCAAAGGUGAAACGACUAGUCACUCCUCCUACUCCAGAUCUGCCAAAGGAAACGUGGUCAUUCAGGUUUGAGCGAGAAGACCAAAAUAGCACAAUGAUCUCAUCUUUUUCGCAGGAAGUCGAACCGGCCGGCAAGUACAUUGUCUUGGAGAACAUCUCGAGACGUGACGAGAACCUUGGCGACUGGAAACUUCGUCGUAAGAUUUCCGGAAAGCGCGAGAUAGUGUUCACGUUCCCGCGUGACUACGUACUCCGUGCUCAGAAGAGUGUGAAAAUCUUCGCGCGCGGACAGGGUGUCCAUUCCCCGCCAGACAGCCUUGUCUACGACUUCGAAGACUCGUUCGGCACCGGAAACGACGUCGUCACUACUCUCUUCAACAAAGAUGGAGAGGUAGGGAUAUAAUUCAUGGAAUAUGCGGAGGAAUAAGCAUUUUAUUGCAGGAGCGCGCUUCUCACAGCCAACGUGCAUCGCACAACUGA